CAGGCACCCACACCCCUAGUGGCAGCUGCUGCAUCUGGUGAGGACUUUGUUUCCUUCCAGCUCCUGGCUGCAUUGCUUGAUGGGGCUGCCUUUUGGUAGAUCAAUUUUUACAGUGCCCGGUAGGAGUGGAGAGCCGUGGGAAGAGGUCCUGCGGCACUCAAGCCUGGGUUCACCCCAAGACUAAGUUCUUUCUCGAGUUGAAGUCAGAGAGAGAAAGAAAAAUAAAUAGAUUCUCCCCUCCUCUCCUCCCUGCCUGUCAUGUCCUCUAAGCCAGAGCCAAAGGACAUCCACCAGCCAAACGGUACUGGCCCUACUCCCCAACCCUGCUCUUCGGAUGGCCCUGGGCGAGAGCCCCUGGCUGGGACCUCAGAGUUCCUGGGGCCGGAUGGAGCUGGGGUAGAGGUGGUAGUGACUGAGUCUCGAGCCAACGCCAAGGGAGUCCGGGAGGAGGACGCGCUGCUGGAGAAUGGGAGCCAGAGCAACGAAAGCGACGACGUCAGCACAGACCGUGGCCCUGCACCACCCUCCCCGCUCAAGGAGACCUCCUUUUCCAUUGGACUGCAAGUGCUGUUCCCCUUCCUCCUGGCAGGCUUCGGGACCGUGGCGGCUGGCAUGGUGUUGGACAUUGUGCAGCACUGGGAGGUCUUCCAGAAGGUGACAGAGGUCUUCAUCCUGGUGCCUGCACUGCUGGGGCUCAAAGGGAACUUGGAAAUGACCCUGGCGUCGAGGCUGUCCACUGCAGCCAACAUUGGACAAAUGGACACACCUAAGGAGCUCUGGAGGAUGAUCACAGGGAAUAUGGCCCUUAUCCAGGUCCAGGCCACAGUGGUGGGCUUCCUGGCAUCCAUCGCAGCUGUCGUCUUUGGCUGGAUCCCUGAUGGCCACUUCAGUAUCCCACAUGCCUUCCUGCUAUGUGCCAGCAGUGUGGCCACAGCCUUCAUUGCCUCCUUGGUGCUGGGUAUGAUCAUGAUUGGAGUCAUCAUUGGGUCUCGAAAAAUUGGCAUCAACCCAGACAAUGUGGCCACGCCCAUCGCUGCUAGCCUGGGCGACCUCAUCACCUUGGCACUCCUCUCAGGCAUCAGCUGGGGACUCUACCUGGAAUUGAAGCACUGGCGGUACAUCUACCCGCUGGUGUGCGCCUUCUUCGUGGCCCUGCUGCCUGUCUGGGUGGUGCUGGCCCGAAGAAGCCCAGCCACAAAGGAGGUGUUGUAUUCCGGCUGGGAGCCUGUCAUCAUCGCCAUGGCCAUUAGCAGUGUGGGAGGCCUCAUCUUGGACAAGACUGUCUCGGACCCCAACUUUGCAGGAAUGGCUGUCUUCACACCUGUGAUUAAUGGUGUUGGGGGAAAUCUGGUGGCUGUGCAGGCCAGCCGCAUCUCCACCUUCCUCCACAUGAACGGCAUGCCAGGGGAGAACUCUGAGCCAGCCCCUCGCCGCUGCCCCAGUCCGUGCACCACCUUCUUCAGCCCUGACGUGAAUUCACGCUCAGCCCGGGUCCUCUUCCUCCUUGUGGUCCCAGGACACCUGGUGUUCCUCUAUACCAUCAGCUGUAUGCAGGGCGGGCACACCACGCUCACUCUCAUCUUCAUCAUCUUCUACAUGACAGCUGCACUGCUCCAGGUGCUGAUUCUCCUGUACAUCGCAGACUGGAUGGUGCACUGGAUGUGGGGCCGGGGCCUGGACCCAGACAACUUCUCCAUCCCAUACUUGACUGCUCUGGGGGACCUGCUUGGCACUGGGCUCCUGGCACUCAGCUUCCAUGUCCUCUGGCUCAUUGGGGACAGAGACACAGAUGUUGGGGACUAGCAUAGCCACUCAGCCUUUUCCCCACCCCUCUGCACUUUCUAUUUGGAUAUUUUUCUCCUUUUGUUUUCCUACGCGACCCAACACUACACUCCCACAUCUUUCUGAGAUUUCACUUUGAUACCAAAUUCUCAUUAUUUUCAAUGGGAAUUUUUAUACAUUGAACCAAGUUUGGGUAGCAAGAAUUCGGGAAGGACAGACAGGCUGAAAUUAGCAGUAAAAGUAAUCACCAAGUGCAAUUCCAUGGGGGGUGCCUCCAGGGGAGGUAGAUUGGGACCAUGGCAUUCUGUCUGGCAUCUGGGGGCCUUUGCAUUAGCUUUAGCAGCCUAGCCUUGGCCCUAAUGAGACACUCUGUAUAAGUGGGCUCUGAGUUGUUUCUGGUUUGGUUAAACAGAGGGAGGAGGGAUAACUAACACUCCCACACACGCACACACUUUUCUAGAAAUGGACCAAUGUCAAGGCACUGGGCAGGAGAAAGUUGCUUCAGCCUCUGGUAAUCACAGCCCUGCUCUAGGCCGACGAUUCCAUCUGUGCACACGUGCCUUGCCCAACCGCUUGGUUGCUUUCCAGCCGAGCGAGUAGUGGCCUGGGGCUCUAAACAGAUCCAUGUCAUCCAUAGGUCUCCAAAUGUCCACAUCCCCGCCCCCGCCCCCCGAGUCUAGAGAACCUAGUGUCUGUUCCAGCCUCCUCACUAAUUGUCCCCAAGCAUCCCCUUUCCUCACGGUGUGCCAGAUAGGCUUCUAAGAUUGGGGACAGGACAAGGAAAUGUGGCAAGUGACCUAGCGAUUGAUGCACCCUGGCGGUGUCUCACUGCCGGUUCUCAUGAGAACAUAACCACGUGGUCUGCCUUGGCCUCUGUCACUUCCUAAAAGCGCUCACUCUAUCAUACCAGAGGUCAGUUGGCCUUUCUCUUGGCUCCUGCCCACGGGCAUUCGCCGUCCAUUCACUCAUUCAGCAAAUCUCAGCCUUGCCCAGAUGAACCUUUUCCACAGCGUGGCCUGCAAUAAUUCUUCAUUGAGCAAUAGUUAUGGGGUGCCUCCUGUGUUAGGUACAGUGCCAGGCAUUGACUCCAGUGCUAAGGAAGUCACAGCUCUAACCUCACCUCAUCCCCUAGGUAACAGAGGCCGUGUGUCCCUUUCCAUCUGCCAGCAAACGUCCCUCAUUGUAGGUAUCUGUGCCUACUUCAAGGCCAUAAGUCUGCAGUGAUUGUCAGCCCCUGCUCCAGCAGUUUUGUGUUCUAAAAUGUUCUCCCCCACCUUGUCUCCACACAUCCCAUUAUACACUCAAAAGCAGGGUUAGAGUUAGCAAGCUGGGUAC